ACGUACCUUGCUGCUAUCCCCAGGCUUCCCGGAGAACACUAGGCCGGACCCCCUCCCCUUCCUUCUCUGCGGCGUGGAAAGGUUUUUAAUUUUAUUGACUCUGCAGUAAUUUAGUAGAUUCAAGAAAUGAAUUAUGUACAGACUUUGUUUGCUAUACUGUGUACAUAAUGUACAUUUGAAAGAAAAUUUUACAUUUUAUUGAAAAUUUCUUCAGUCUUCACAGGAAGGUGAUACAAUAUUCUAAGUACCUGGUGACAGUUGGAACAAUGGGAGUUAAAACAUUUACUCACAGUUCUCCUACUCACAGUCAGGAGAUGUUAAGCAAGUUAAAUAUGUUGCGGAAUGAGGGACAUUUUUGUGAUGUCACAAUUCGCGUCCAAGACAAAUUGUUUAUGGCACACAAAGUCGUUCUGGCAUCUUGCAGUGAAUUUUUUAGAACAAAGCUUGUUGGAAAGCCAGAAGAAGAAGAUAAGUGUGUCUUGGACUUGCACCAUGUAACAGUAAGUGGCUUCACACCACUGUUAGAAUAUGCAUAUACAUCAACUCUUUCAAUUAAUACAGAAAAUAUUAUAGAUGUUUUGGCAGCUGCUAGUUAUAUGCAGAUGUUCACUGUUGCUAGCACCUGCUCAGAAUUUAUGAAAUCAAGCAUCUUAUGGAACAAUGCCAACAAUGUACAGCAAGAUAAACCUCAGGAGCCUACAGUUGAGAACUCUAAUAACUUGAAUUUGAUUCCCCAAGAUGGCAGCGUUUCUCCAGUCUCUUCUGAGUGCAGUGUAAUGGAGAGAACAAUACCAGUUUGUAGAGAGUCACGUCGAAAACGGAAGAGUUAUAUUAUGAUGUCACCCGAGAGCCCUGUUAAAAGCAGCACACAGACAACUCCUCCUCAAAUCCCCAACCCUUCUACUUCUUUUUCAGAAGCACAGUCUCAGCCUGUGGACUCUUCAUUAUCUUUUCCUUGGACAUUUCCAUUUGGGAUAGACAGACGUUAUCAAUCGGAAAAACCUAAGCAGGCGGAUAGCCCAAGGAACUUAGAGCAACCGGGUCCAUCAGAUGUAACUCGAAGACUGACUGAUUAUCUAAGUUGUGACAGUGCAAAGACUGCAUCUCCUCUGGCAACUGAGGAGGAUGUUCGCGUCAAAGUAGAGCGAUUGAGUGAUGAAGAAGUUCAUGAAGAAGUGUCUCAGCCGGUCAGUGCUUCUCAGAGUUCUUUGAGUGAUCAACAGACUGUACCAGGAAGUGAACAAGUUCAAGAAGACCUUUUAAUUAGCCCACAGUCUUCCUCAAUAGGUUCAAUAGACGAGGGGGUUGCAGAUGGGUUGCCAUCACUUCAGGGUACUUCCAGUUCUGGUGGCCAUGCAGAUGAUGAUGAAAGGUUAGAAAAUGUUCAGUAUCCUUAUCAUCUGUAUAUAAGCCCAUCAACAAGACCCAGCACAAAUGGACCUGACAGACCAUUUCAGUGUCCUACUUGUGGAGUCAGGUUUACUCGUAUUCAGAACUUGAAACAACAUAUGCUAAUACACUCAGGCAUUAAACCCUUCCAGUGUGAUCGCUGUGGGAAAAAGUUCACUCGGGCGUAUUCCUUAAAGAUGCAUCGUCUGAAGCACGAAGGUAAACGCUGUUUCCGGUGCCAGAUAUGUAGCGCCACUUUCACUUCCUUCGGUGAAUAUAAGCACCACAUGCGAGUGUCCAGGCACAUUAUCCGCAAGCCGCGGAUUUAUGAGUGCAAAACAUGUGGCGCCAUGUUCACCAACUCUGGAAAUUUAAUCGUACAUCUGAGGAGUCUGAACCAUGAAGCGUCAGAGCUAGCAAACUACUUCCAGAGCAGUGAUUUCCUAGUUCCUGACUAUCUGAACCAAGUUCAAGAGGAGGCACUGGGGCAGUAUGAAUUAGGUGACCACAGUUUUGAAGGCGGCUCCUCUGUCCAAAUGCCAGUAAUAUCCCAAGUUUCAUCCACUCAGAACUGUGAAAGCACUUUUCCCCUGGCAGCUCUGGGUGGACUGGCAGAUAAAGAGGAGGAGGUCCCUGAGGAGCCAAAGACGAACUCUAGCAGCUCACCCGAUGAAACAGAGGAGGAUGCCCAAAAAAAAGAACUGACUUCUAUAACAAUUGAAUAGUUCCUUCCCUUCAAUUGGAAAGUGCCUGAAUUUAUUCACUGACUUUGAUCAUAGUGGCAUAAUGCUGAAAGCUACAAGAGUGAACAUAAGUUGUUUGCAUUUUUAGGGGGAAAAACACUUGAGCCUUUAUCAAUAUUGCAAGCAGAACUAUUAAAUCACUUUUUUCGUUUUAAAAGGGUUUCUAGUUUCUGUGUAAUAUUUCAUGUGCUGUUUGGUAUACAAGACAUUUUAGAUGUUGCUUUCUUUUACUACCCUUACUUUGAUUAGUGAGAAUAGACAUUUCCAUGUGUAUGUUUGAGAGAAAGCAGGGUUCUUUUAAUCUAAUGAACCACAAAUUUUUAUUAAUAUUGUGUUGCAGUUUUUUUUCCUUUUCAGAGUCAUUUUAACAUUUCAAAUAUCUGUAGCAAAUAGAACAAAAAUGAGUGUGAUAUUGAGACAACAAUGUAAUGUUAUUGUGCCAGAGGAUGGGUGUUUUUGUAGCAGACAUUCUUUACAUGCAGAGGCUCUGAUUUUUGGAUUUGCUUCUGAAAUUAAUUCCCUUAAAUCCAUAAUUUAAUUUAUAUAAUCCAACAUACAAAGUUAGAAUGUCAUCAGCAAAAAAUAUGCACUUUAUCAUGUAACCCAAGUAAUUAAUUCAGAAAGAAGAAAAAACUUUGUUUGUACAAGAAGGGCAAAGUUAGAGAACAUUGCCAAGUCCAGUGAUUCAUUCACCAUUUUAUAGACCUAAAUUUUUUAUUAAUUGGUUGAAAGAGCCAGGGUGUGUCCCAACCACAAUCAGUCCAGCACUGGAAUGCAGCCAUUUGUGAAGAAUUUAACGGUUACUUAUUACUGUACAAUAAUAUAUUAGAAGGUAAGAGAAAACGCGUGUUUACAGAAAAAUCCAUCCAUUCACACUGAAGUAUUCAUUAUGUCCACACAGAUAGUGGCUGCAGCAUUCCUAAUCACUUCACCAUCUUACUGCUAUGAAUGAGAGCAAUGCAUUUAUGUAAUUUUUUACUUCAUGGUAGUAGUUAAAAUAUUACAACACUUCUCAUUACGGUGCAGUUUUUCAUAAAGAAGAAAGUUAUAAACAAACUGAAUUUUAAAAAGAUAUAAUUUAUAGUACACAGUUGCUUAAUAUAAAUAUAUAUAUAUAUAUACAGUAUAUAUACUAAAUAGAAAAAUAAAUUAUUUGUCAUGUAGUUUAGAAUGUACUUAUCAAGGCUCUUUUCAAAAUUAUACAAAAAAGGACUUAAUUUAAAAAUCAGAACCUUUGAAUGUUUUGUAUAUUUGUUGAUACCCAUGUACAGUUUACAAAAUAUAAUAGUCCACUACAUAAUCUGCAUUGUAGUUCUCAUUUUAGAAAUAUACUACUUAGUCUGGAAGUGAAUUUAUAAGUUAUAUCAUAAUUGUUUAUGAUGCAUUGACAGAAAAGAUAAAGCACUUUUUAUACCUCCAUAAUUUAUAUUAAAAAACUAAUAAUUGACUGAAACAAGUACGUUGUUGUCAAAGUACAGCAUGCAUUGCAGAUUGCAGUUUGUGUGACUUGAGUAAUUAGUAUGUUAUGUAGUACCAGUCUACAUUGCAAAACAAGAAAUACUGAAAUUAUACAGUUAAGUAAUGUAAAAAAAAAAAGUUAAAACUCAAAAGAGAAACGAUCUAAUUUCAAAAUUGAAUAAUACAUAUUUUAAUUAGUGAUUUUUUCUAGGGUAGCACAAAGAUUGCAAUUGCAUAAGGUUACCACAUUAUUUAAAAUAUUUACAUACCAUUUUGUGAGUAAAUCUAAAACAAAUGGCUGUUUUUUUAGUCAGUUUCAAAAAAAGACAAAACUGAUAAUCCUUAAUGGCUAUUUCAUGGAUUUUGCAAUGGCCAGUUAAUGCCUUUAUUAAGAGGAUGUUGACAUCACAUUUUGUGUGUGUGUGUGUGUGUUCAUUCAGAAUCGGUAGAGUUUCUGCUGUUUUUGCUGCAGAUGUGUAUAAUGUAGUUUCUGUGUUCUGUAACCCCUUAAGGACCAAUGGUAUAUUUGUGUUAUUUAUAAAAUGUGCUGCAGUGUGUAAAAGCACUUAGUGCUAAAAUAUAGAAAAGAAAAACUUUUAAUGGAAAAAUUAAAUCGACAGUCGUUUCAGCCUGUAACUGCAGGAAUUUCUGCAACUGUAAGAGUCUUGGCUGAAGACAUUUUUUUGCAUGAAUUUGAAUAAACCUGUAUUCUACUUAAAGGGUAGAUGUAAAUAUGCAGCAUUUUCAUAGCAAAAAUGAUGAAUACUUGGAAACAUCUUAAAUAUUCUUAUACAAUAAUGAUACCAGUUUUAUGCUGUCAUUAUUAAAAAUAACUAUUAUUAUGUAAUUGUUUUUAAUUCUUUCUUAGUAAAGUUUAAAUUGUUGUAGCAUUGAUUAUCUAAAUAAGUGGCCACAACACUGAUCCUGCACAAUACUUUCUUGGAAAAGAAUUGAUCCUUAAGAGGUUAAAGCAAAUAAUAUUUUUUUAAGUGUACCAUAUUGGGCUGCUAAUAUGAACUGGUGUUACUCUAGGCAUCCUACAGUGUUUUUAAAUUGGUAUUUUUUUAUUAUAUUAAUUUUUUUACUCUAAAUAUGUUUCUGAAACUAGAUGUUUACAAAGCUUACUGUGGUGAACUUUGUGUACUCCUCUUUUGGGGGCUUUGAUAAAAAAGGUUCAAGGCUGUAUUGAAAAAAAUUAAAAAGAAAAUUAAAAGUUUAAAUUUUAAUUAAUAUAGCAUAAAUAUCGAUUUAAUUUUUUUGCUGUUCUUUUACCAUCUGUGUCCCUACUGACAUAUUUUAACUCAGACAUUCUCUGAUGCAAAAGUAAAAGAAAAUUGAAAUGACAUGAAGUAACUUUUUUUUUUUUGUUUGCUUCUUGUUUUCACUUGUUAAGAACCUCUCAUCAUUUACAUUUUCUGGUUAUCUUGUGUUUCAUAAUAGGCAACAACACAUGGCAUCCUUGAGACUCCACUCCUCAAAAUAUGCCUUCAGGCUUUAUAUUUAUAGCCUUACCCGCUCAAUAUUUAGUGCAUCCUGUGUUUGUACACAUUUUAUAAUCUUCUGCUUGUUUUACCAUGUUUACUCUAACCUCUGGCAUGGAGAUGAAGGAUUCCUGGCAAACAAGUUGCUUUGAGUUUUGUUCUUUUUGCAACCUACUUAUAAAAGGACAUCCACACAGACAAAAAAGUUCUGCCUUACCAAGCUGAAUUCUACUGGAAGUUAGAGCAUAUAUCGUAUCUUGCUUACCGGUAUCCUGAAAACAAGUUAUUGAUUUCUCUCUUUUGCUAGCAUAGUGUCAGAAAAUUCAAAUGAUGUAAGGUUCUUCAAUAAGCAUUUAAAGAAACAUAACAGGUAACUUAUUACAUCUGUUAUGGUAAUGGGCGAGAGUAAACAAUUUUACUCAUAUGUAAUACAUUUGUUAAAGUUAUCUGUAUGGUUUGCACAAUAUUAGUGUAUACUUUUUUUUUUUUUCUGUUUAUUGAAAAUUUGGUGCAGUAAUAAUCAAGAGCUUAUAUGUUUUGCUAAAGUGUGGUGAACGUAAAAUUUCUGACUAGUAUUUUCUAACAUGCACUCAACAAAUGUUACAGUAUUGUUUUGUUAAUUUCCAUCACCUUGUUUGUAACUUUGAGAUAUUGCUGGUACUUGGGAAAUAAUGAAAGUCAUUGGGAUGAACAUGAAAUAAACUCUGAAUGUUGCUUCUUCAGAAUGUGUACCCAAAGGAGGCAAAAAUAUAUAUCUUGCUCUCUAACUCCAUUUGUAGAUUUUUGUUCUUUUAAUCUGACAGCAUGUGCCUGCUUCUCCUAGCAACAAAACUACCUAGGGUUAAGCGGAAAACCUGUCAAAACAAGGCCGCGUAAUUGACCCAAACUGCUUUGUUCGCUGGAUUCUGAUACCAUUUGGCAUGAUAAUUUUUCAUUUAUCUGUAUGUUUUACAGAAUUUAGCUUCUAAUACAUCUUUGUGCAAUGUAAAAACUAAAAUGCUUUUUAUAUUUUACUUUCUGAUUCAUAAUAUUUAUCAGAAAGCUUUAGCUCUUUGUCACUUAUAUAUUUUUGUGAUCUUUUGUAUUUUAAUUGCUGUUCAAUGAAUAUGUCAUUUAAAAUUCUGAUAAUCAAUGUGAAUACCAGAAAACGGUCAAACAAUUCUGAGCCUUAUAGCGUUCACUUUGUGACUAUGUCUGUAAUGUACAUAUCCUGUAUAGUUUCAUUAAGGCUAAAACCAGAAAAAAAUGAUUUGAGACAUUGUAUUGUGUGACUUUUGAUAUUUAAUCUAUAGUUUUAUUUAAACAAUUUUACACACCUGGUGAUAUUUUCUGUACACUUUUUAAGUAUAUCAGAAGGAAUCUUUGGUGGGUGUAGGUUUGUUGACUGACCCCAAAUUCUCCAUAUAAGUAAUACUAGAUUUUUGUUUUUUUAAUGCAUUUUCAAAAUUGACAGAUUUAGAAAUUUCUAAAUAUAUAUUUUGUUUUGCUUCACUAAAAUUAACUUGGGGGGAGGGGAUUUAUUAAUUCAGCCAAGUGUGUUUUGAAUUUGUGAGUCUAUCAUUGGGAAAGUUUUGUACAAACAAAUGGGUACAAUUGUAAAUAAAAAAGUAUAUAGAAAAGCAAGUGAUUUUUAUCAUUUCAUGCAGCAGUACUCCCUCAAUAUUCAUUAAAUGUAAGAUUAAGCUUGA